AUGGGUAUCGAUCUCCGCAAGCACCACGAGCGGUCCACGCACCGCAAGGCCCCCAAGAGCGACAAUGUCUACCUCAAGCUCUUGGUGAAGCUCUACCGCUUCUUGGCUCGCCGCACUGAUGCCCCCUUCAACAAGGUCGUCCUCCGCCGCCUGUUCAUGUCCCGCAUCAACCGCCCCCCCGUCUCCCUCUCGCGCAUUGCGGCCAACCUUAAGAACGGCAACGACAAGAAGACUAUCGUUGUUGUUGGUACCGUCACUGACGACAACCGUCUCUUGACCGUCCCCAAGACCACCAUUGCCGCUCUCCGCUUCACCGCCACCGCCCGUGCCCGCAUCACUGCUGCCGGCGGCCAGGCCAUUACCCUUGACCAGCUGGCUCUGGAGAAGCCCACCGGUGCCAACACCCUCCUCCUCCGCGGCCCCAAGAACUCCCGUGAGGCCUUCAAGCACUUCGGCUUCGGUCCCCACAAGCACAAGAAGCCCUACGUCGCUUCCAAGGGCCGCAAGUUCGAGCGUGCCCGUGGUCGCAGAAGAUCUCGUGGCUUCAAGGUCUAAGCGUCUUUUUUCCGAAAAGAAAAAGCAGACGACAAACGACCUGGAGUUUAUACCCGUGGGAGAAUCAAAAAAGGGAAAAGAGUCGGAGCAAUACGGCGUUUCUGGCAAAUGGCAUUGGCGGCAAUGGUUAUGGAAUUUGGUCAUCUUUUGUCUUCAUGGGCGAACAAGAUUCUGCUUUACUGUUACGAAUCAACUGGCAGCACUCUGCUGGCCAUGGAAUGACAAUGACGCCGUUGGGGCCUGCUCCGAACUUUGUGUGUGUGUGUCUGUCAGUAUGAUGGGAAGAAAUGCGAUGAAUGUGAAUUUGAAUGGAUGUCAUUUGC